AUGGAUUCAAACAUUCAAUGGUAUUUCAAUCCAUACGAUCAAGUACAACCAUUAAGACAAAACGAAAAUCCACAACAAUAUCAACCAAUACCUGUUGUUAGUCAACCACCUUCUAAUCGUGUAUGUGAGGAUAUUCCAUAUCCUAUUGUACAUAAACUUCUUUUGAAUGAUCUCUUUGAUUUUGGAUAUGAAGGUGCACCAAAUAUAGAUCGACUUGUGUAUCAUCUCAAUAAUGAAGGUCGUCUUGCUGAAGAAACUUGGCGUCAUCUUCUAUCUCAAGCCAAAAUAAUAUUUUGUCAAGAACCUAACAUAAUAUUUCUUCCACGUGGUUGUACUAUUGUUGGAGAUAUUCAUGGACAAUAUUAUGAUCUUUUGACAAUAUUCGAGUUAGGUGGUCCAUUGGAUCAACAACCAUAUGUCUUUCUUGGCGAUUAUGUUGAUCGUGGUUCAUUCUCUUGUGAAUGUCUUUUUCUUCUUUUAGCACUUAAAAUUACUUAUCCACGAUCAUUUUUUCUUUUACGUGGUAAUCAUGAAUCACGUCAAAUGACGCAAGUAUUUACAUACAAAAGAGAAUGUAAAGUAAAAUAUUCAAUUGAUCUUUGGAAUGAGUCUGUGUCAUUAUUUGAUUGUUUACCUAUUUGUGCUAUAAUCGAUGAUCGAUUCUUAUGUAUGCAUGGUGGAAUAUCACCUUAUGUAAAAUCUCUUCAUGAUAUAGCACGAUUAAAUCGUUUUCAAGAACUUCCAUCGGAAGGUCCAUUAUGUGAUAUAAUGUGGUCUGAUCCACAUCGACAAUUUAGUGCUCAACAAGCACCUCCAUGGAUAUUUAAUAAUAAUCGAAAUUGUUCUUUCUUUUUUAAUCAUAAAGUAUGUGAAAAAUUUCUUAUUGAAAAUCGUCUUUUAGCUAUUAUUCGUGCACAUGAAGUUGUACCUAAUGGUCUACUUAUGUAUGAACAAGGAUCAAUGUCACAAUUUCCUGUUCUUAUUAGUCUUUUUUCUGCUCCAAAUUAUUGUGAUGUAUAUAAUAAUACAGCAGCAUUAAUUAUCUACGAUCUUCAACGAAAUUUUCGUCCGGUUUAUUUUCGUCAUCGACCACAUCCAUUUGUUUUACCAAAUCAUGAAAAUGCUUUUGAAUUUGGUCAUCGAUUUAUGAAAACUUAUGUAGAAGAAAUUCUUUUGGCAUUAAUUCAAGGUUAUACUAAAUCAAGGGAUCGUUCUCGAACUAGUGAUGGUGACGACGAUGUAACAAAACGAUUGAAAACAAAAGAACAAAUGUUGACUGAACACACGCAUAAAUGUCGACGUCUUAAUAAAAUGAAUAUUCAAUUGGGUAAUUUAGUACCACCAGAACAAUUACAAGAGAAAGCAUUAAAUAAUCAAUAUGUAUUUGAACAAGAAGUUCCUAUACUUACCAAAUCAUUAGAAACCGAUCCAUCAUUGACAUUUGAUUCAGCAUCAAAAAUAGAUGCUUUGUAUGAACAACGAACAUAUUAA